AUGGGGGGCGAUCUCAACUCAGAAAAGGGUCUGAGAGCACAGCUUGAAGUAGCAGGGGUGCGCGUGGGGCGGGCAGACGUGCCCUUUUGUGUGCUCUCGCGCCGGCCCUACCCCGCAGACGACGUGCUCGUUGCUGCGCUCUCCUCCUCCGCGCCUCUCAACGGAGCCAAGUGCUGGCCCUGCACGCCCGCCUACACUGGCCUCCGGGCGCUGCUCAAAUACGCCCCCAUCCCCCCCACGCGCUGGAUCCGCUCCCCCUCCGCGGACUGGCUCAACCGCCCCGCCUCCCCCCGAGGGGCAGUGCAGCUCUGCGACCCCACGCGCCCCUGGGAACCUGCCUGGCCGGCUGCAUUCGACAAAGCUGUUGGUGCUGAGCUUGCGGCGCUGCGGAGGGUGAUCGAGGACGUGGGCCUCGAGGAGUGUGUGAGGCGGUUUGAAGAGUUCAAAUCAGCAUCGGACGAGUGGACAGCCCCCCCCAUAGCAGCCAUCUGCCAUCGCUCCUUGCUGGGCCCCAUGGACCUCCUCGGCGCGCCCUCCGCCUCCUUUUACACCGCCACCUCCCCCCUCUCCGCCUCCAGCUCACUUGCCUGCACAGACACUCACAGCAGCAGCAGCGGUAGUGGUGCUGGCGGUGGUGGGUCCGGUGGCGAGGGUGAGGGUGGUGCAGGGGUGGGAGGUGAAAGGACGUGGGAGGAGGAGGUGGUGAGGCGGGUACCGGCUGUGGCGAUAGUUCGCUCAGCGUUGAAUGGGGUCAGCAGCGCGGUCACGCACGGGGCACCAUUGGAUGUGCUCAAGUUGAGCCUGGAUGGAUCCGACCUCCCCACUCUAGCAGCCCUGCUACGUGACCAAUCCCUCCCGCCAGCUUGCCAGCUGCUAGUAGCCUUCCCCACCAGCCAACCAGACAGCGCCAUGUGGCGCAGGGAUAUUGUAGCCGGGCUCGAGCGGGAGCAGGUGUAUCUGGCAGCGUGCGUGCAGGAGUGGUGGAGUGCGGUGGAGAGGUGUACCUUCUUCUCCGUGCCUCACUGCUCCUCGCUGCUGCUGGGUGUCAAUAAGCGCAUUCAAACUCAAUCCAAGUGA